GGACUGUUACUCCGUACUCAUAGCAAAUUGCACUUGAUCGUUGUUCUCGCUCUCACUCACUCACUUACGGCUGCACCUGUAUUUACCAGUACCCUUAUGCGGCAGGCUAUGUAUUGAGUGGGGAUGGCCUGUCACCUACAGUACUAGCACAAUGAAAUCAUGUCAAAACCAUCGGUCCUUGCGCUACCUGUCUUCAAUGCAGAAACCGCACCCGGCAGUCGACCUCGAACCCCGGCACGUGUCCCUGGGACAUCAUCCUCGAUAACCUCCGUAUAUUCUCUCCUCAGUCCUCAGCACACUGCAGACCGGUUACAGACAUCCCUCGCGCAGGGUCUGUCGCAACGCGAAGCGCACACGAGACUCGGGAAAGACGGGCCAAAUGAACUGCCACAUGAAGAGGAGGAGCCACUGUGGUUGAGGUUCUUAAAGCAGUUCAAAGAAACACUGAUCCUUUUGCUGCUUGGCUCAGCUGCGGUCUCAUUGUUCAUCGGCAACAAAGAUGACGCUGUCAGCAUUGCGCUUGCGGUCACCAUCGUGGUCACAGUCGGCUUUGUCCAGGAGUACAGAUCAGAGAAAUCGCUCGAGGCACUGAAUCGCUUGGUGCCCCAUCACGCUCAUGUCAGGCGCGCUGGGGCGCCACCAGGAGCUCAGGCGAGAAGUAAUGAGGAAGAUGAGGAAAUCGAGUUGGAGCCGUUGGCUAAUGGCACACCAAAAGCGUCCAAGACAAUACCCGCUUCCCAACUUGUGGUUGGGGACUUGGUUCUUUUUCACACUGGCGAUCGCAUACCGGCUGAUAUCAGAAUCACACACUCUUCGGAUCUGUCGAUUGAUGAAUCCAACUUGACCGGUGAAAAUGAGCCCGUGGAAAAGCAUGCAGCAGCAUUGGACCGACCGGCUCACGUAUUCCAGCAUCAUGGCACGCCGGAGCCCUACAAUGCAGCCGGAACAGUUGGAGCUGAUGUCCGUCUCAAUGAGCAGCACAACAUCGCAUUCAUGGGCACUUUGGUCCGUUCUGGCUAUGGCGAGGGCAUUGUCAUUGCAACAGGAGGAGCAACUGAGUUUGGAACCAUUUCUUUGUCACUGCAGGAGAUCGAGGCCCCGAGGACACCUCUACAGCAGUCCAUGGAUCUGCUAGGCAAGCAACUCAGUUACAUGUCGUUCGUUGUUAUUGGGAUCAUCAUGGUGAUCGGGCUUCUUCAGGGGAAGAAACCCCUUGACCUCUUUACGAUCGGCGUAUCCUUAGCAGUGGCUGCAAUACCCGAGGGCCUCCCCAUCAUCGUCACCGUGACUCUGGCUCUCGGAGUCUUGCGAAUGGCCAAGCGAGGAGCAAUUGUUCGUAAACUGCCCAGUGUUGAGACACUAGGCUCGGUCAACGUUGUCUGCAGCGACAAGACAGGCACAUUGACUCUCAAUCACAUGACGGUCACGAAGCUAUGGCACUUUGACAUGCCUCUGCCCUCCACGAUUGACACCGCUGCCGAACCCUCUGCCGCUACAAGGGCGAUGCUACGCAUUGGCAACAUUGCAAAUCAUGGGCGCUUGUCCCAGAACAGCUCCGGAACUCCCGCAACGGCCGCUUCCGCUGCAGUACUUUCUUCUAUGAGAGAUUUAUCAGCAACAACCACUAAAAGCCGAUGGCUUGGACAACCGACCGAUAUUGCUAUGCUUGAUUUGUUGGAUGCAUACGGGGAGGAUGACGUUCGCGAUAAAGUCGGGCAUCGAACAAACGAGACGCCUUUCAGUUCGGAACGAAAGUGGAUGGGUGUUGUCAUUGCCAGUGCUUUGGGAGAGCUGACGAAUGGGACCGGUAAUGGUACUGAGACAGCAUUCAUGAAAGGAUCUCUUGAACAAAUUCUCAGUCGAUCCGAUACCUAUCUGACCAGAGACGGGCAGGAGGUCAUUCUAGAUGAAACCCGUCGACGCCUUGCAAACGAUGCCGCAAGGGUGAUGGCCGAGGAAGGGCUGAGAGUCAUUGCCUUCGCCAGUGGGGCUAUCAGAAGCAAGCACAGGCAAAACAGCAGGAGCUCGACUCCAGCUGGUGGAGAGAAGCAGUCAACCAAUGGCGAUGUCUUCACUGGCCUAUGUUUUGCUGGUCUGGUUGGCAUGAAUGAUCCACCUCGAAAAGAUGUCCACAGGUCAAUCCGUAGGCUCAUGAAUGGAGGAGUCAAAGUCAUCAUGAUCACAGGUGAUGCUGAGACGACAGCAGUGGCAAUCGGCAAAAAGCUGGGGAUGCCGCUCAACCCAUCUUCAUCAGCCUUGAUGUCUGUUCUGCGAGGUGAUGAGCUUGAUCGGAUGUCUGAACAAGAAUUAUCCGAAGCUAUUGGCAAAACCACAAUUUUCGCUCGAACAAGUCCAGACCACAAGAUGAAGAUCAUUCGAGCUCUGCAGGCUAGAGGAGAUGUGGUUGCCAUGACUGGAGAUGGAGUCAACGAUGCACCGGCGUUGAAGAAGGCCGACAUUGGCAUCGCAAUGGGCAUGCUUGGAACGGAUGUUGCCAAAGAGGCCGCGGACAUGAUUCUGACCGAUGAUGAUUUUUCGACCAUCCUUCGCGCUAUCGAACAGGGCAAGGGUAUCUUCUACAACAUUCAGAACUUUAUCACCUUUCAAUUAAGCACAAGUGUGGCGGCAUUGACGUUGGUAUUGUUGAGCACAAUGUUUGGCUUUAAGAACCCACUCAAUGCUAUGCAGAUUCUCUGGAUUAAUAUCCUCAUGGAUGGUCCUCCUGCUCAAUCCCUUGGAGUCGAACCUGUGGAUCCUCGGGUGAUGAAUCAGCCUCCGCGACCUCGGAAUGCCAACGUGCUAACAAAACGCCUCAUUCGUCGCGUUCUUACUCAAGCAUUCAUCAUCAUGAUGGGUACCAUCACCAUCUACAUCCGAGAAAUGGUCGACAUCGACGAUCCAAAUACUACCGAUGGCGCUGGGACACCUCUUCACAGUCGUGUGGUGACGAAACGCGACACUACAAUGACCUUUACCACAUUUGUGCUUUUCGACAUGUUCAAUGCUCUCACAUGCCGAUCAGAGACCAAAUCUGUCUUGUUCGGCGAAAUCAAACUCUUUGGGAAUAAAAUGUUCAAUUAUGCCGUGGCAGGCAGUCUUGCGGGACAGCUUUGCGUGAUAUAUCUCCCUUUCUUGCAGCGAGUCUUCCAAACGGAAGCUCUUGGAUUGUGGGACAUUAUCUGGCUGGUGUGUAUAACGAGCACUGUCUUCUGGGUGGAUGAGUUGAGGAAAUGGACUGAGAAAAGGCGAGCUUCAGGGCAGUUGCCGAGUGUUGGGUAUUCGGCCAGUGUAUAGACAUCACCCAAGCAGGCCUGGUGCAUGCUUAGACGUUCAGGCCGGCGCUGCAAUCUCGCAGUAUUCUGUAUACAUACGUGAAGACCUAGAUCAUCAAACAUUCUAUACUUUGAGCUU